GGCGAAGACCUCAGAGGAAGCUAGCAUGCUGCAAGGGGACUUCAUUCAUUUCCUUCAGUGUUAUUCAGUUUAAAACAAGCAUUUUCUGAACUUUGACAUGACGCUGACACCUCUUGUUUACUGGGCUCAACGUCACGAGGAAAUUUACCUGCGUGUAGAACUGACAGACGCCCAGAAUAUUGAUGUCCAAGUGCAUGAGAAUGUCCUUAAAUUUCAAGCUCUGGGGCGUGGUGCUAAAGGACAGCACAACUAUGAGUUCAGCUUAGAGUUUCUUUUACCAGUAAAAUCAGAGGUGAGCCACAAGUCCACACAGCGGCAGGUAAACAUCACAGUGCGGAAACAGCAGCGAGGCUGGUGGGAAAGGCUGACUGUGCUGGAGCGUAAACCGGUUUUCCUGGUGCCAGACUUUGACCGCUGGUUGGACGAGUCAGACGCUGAGAUGGAGAUCCAGGAAAAGGAGGAGAAAAAGAACAGACUGAAGACUGUGAGGCAUACAGAAGAAGGGUUUAUUAGCCUGAAAACAAGCUUUUUGCUUGUUUACAACCUAGUCCAGUUUCUUGGAUUUUCAUGGAUCUUUGUCAACAUGACCGUACGCCUCUUCAUCUUUGGGCAAGAUUCACUCUAUGACACGUUUCACACCAUAUCGGAUGUGAUGUUCUUCUGCCAGACCUUGGCAGCAGUUGAGGUGUUGAAUGCUGCUUUCGGUGUGGUUCGAACUGGUGUUAUUCCCACUCUCAUACAGGUAGUAGGAAGGAAUUUUGUCCUCUUCAUCAUUUUUGGUAGUCUGGAAGAAAUGCACCACCGACCUGUUGUGUUCUUUGUUUUCUAUCUGUGGAGCGCCAUUGAGAUUUUUAGGUAUCCAUUUUAUGUCCUUGGCUGCUUUAACACAGAGUGGAAAACUCUCACUUGGUUGCGCUACAGUGUCUGGAUACCGUUGUAUCCAUUAGGUGUUUUAGCUGAAGCUGUUGCAGUGGUACAGUCCAUCCCCAUAUUUGACCAAACCAAGCUCUACAGCAUUCCUCUGCCAAAAGCCAUUGGAACUUCCAUCAACUUCUCUUACGUCUUGCAUGUCUAUCUGAUUCUCAUGUUUCUGGGGCUUUUUAUCAACUUUCGGCACCUUUACAAGCAGAGGAAAAGGCGCUUCCGGACCAAAAAGAGGAAGGCACAUUAAUUCUCAGCACUAACAGUAAUCCUCCAAAGCCUCUACUGCCUGCACACAUUUUCAAAGCCGGCCCUGCGUUAGUUCAGAACUUUUUUUUUUUUUUUAAGUUAAUUCCUUUUUUUUCACCCCUUUUGCUCUUAAAAACUUUUUACCAUUCUACAUAUUGUGCAAUGAUGAAAUUGCAGUUACAUUCAUUAGUAAUCAAGUUCUCAUAAACCUAACGUUCUAGAUUAACUGUUAAGAUCAUGCUGGAUGUGAUUUUUUUUUUCUCAAUGAUGUUUAUGAUUGCUCUAUUACCUUAUUUCUCAGCGUCAGGUUCUGAAAAUAUGACCUCACCAUCUUCACCUGAUGUACAAUCAUUGCUUUUUAAAUGAAUGGUAUCCCCAUAAUGCGUUAUUUUCUUUUCUUUCUCAAAAGAUCUGUAAAAAAGUAGUGACCUUUCAGUUCAGCUGAAUGAUCCACAAUGAAUUUUUAUUAUCCUUUCCAUUUAUUAUUCUAAAUGUCCUUGAAUUGUCAUUUUGAUUACUUAUGACACUGAAUAAACAUUUUAGAAAGAUGA